GGGGCGGGCGGCCCCGGGGCCGGGCAGCUGUGCUGCCUGCGGGAGGAGGGCGAGCGGUGCGGCCGCGCCGCCGGCAACGCCAGCUUUAGCAAGAGGAUCCAGAAGAGCAUCUCGCAGAAGAAGGUGAAGAUCGAGCUGGACAAGAGCGCGAGACACCUUUAUAUCUGUGACUUCCACAAAAACUUAAUUCAGAGUGUGAGAAAUAGAAGGAAGAGAAAAGGCAGUGAUGACGAUGGUGACUCACCAGUGCAAGACAUCGACACUCCCGAGGUUGAUUUAUAUCAGUUACAAGUGAACACACUUCGAAGGUACAAAAGACACUUCAAGCUACAGACCAGACCGGGACUUAACAAAGCACAGCUUGUUGAAAUAAUUGGCUGCCAUUUUAGGACAAUUCCAGUGAAUGAAAAGGACACCUUAGCGUAUUUCAUCUACUCGGUCAAGAAUGACAAGAACAAACCAGACCUAAAGAUGGAUAGCAGUGUUCAUUAGGCAGGGAAGACUGGGACUGAGACUCAGGCCACAAAUCAAAAGACUGAGGGUUUUUGUUGAUAUGCAAAAGCUUUCUUUGUAACCUUUUGUCCCCAGAGAGUUUCUCUGUUUUAUUUUUUCAUAACCUUGAUGAUUUGAGAACCAUCUCUUAUGAAACAAAUUUCCUCACAAACUAUUUUAAAUAAAUAUUACUGAUAUUGUUGCUCAA